AUGGGCAUUGGACGUAGAGACUGGAAAUGGAGAAUCCAACAUCGAAUAGAGGAACCUGACAUCGUCAACAUCAUGCUUGAUCGUACUCCGGAGGUCAUCUCUGCAACACUCCCUGGCUUUAAGAGGUUUAGGCUUAAAAGACGUUUGUAUCCAUGUAUUGUGCCAUCUGAAGCAGGAGAAGUCCAUGGAAAGGUACUAAUUGGAUUAAACGAUGAAGAACUUGGAAANUUAGAUGCAGUUGAGGGUAAUGAAUAUGAGAGAGUGACUGUUGGAAUUGUACGGAAGGAUAAUUCCGAGAAGAUGACUGUGGAAACAUAUAUAUGGAUCAACAAGGCUGAUCCUGAUAUGUAUGGAGAAUGGGAUUUCGAGGAGUGGAAACGGCUACACAUGGAGACAUUUAAAAAGACGAUUAAGGAAAUCAUGGAAUUGAAAAAGAAUUAUCAGGGACAGGGAAUAGAUGAUUUCACCCUUAUCCUUCACAAAUACCUCGAGUGUGCUCCAUCAUCUUGA